CCCGCGCCGCGCUGCCGCGUUCCGCGGGCUGGAGGCGCUGCAGAAGUUGAGCGGCGUCCGGCCGGCCCUGCGGGCUGACAGACGGCAAAGUUUGGCCCGAAGAGGAAGUGGCCUCCAGCCCCGGCAGGUGGCGGCCGGGCCUGGACAGGGGGCGGUCGCGGCCUGCGGGCCGGCGAAGGUGAGGGCGCGCCCCCAGCGCCCAGUCCCGGACCGAGUCCUGCGUCUUGGCGAGCCGGCCCCGGGAGAGAACGCGCGGCGACGGCCGGAGAAAACAACUCUGAAGUUGGUGAGGGGCACCGCCCCUGCUCCCGGGCCGCCGCCGCCGCCGCCUCCCCGCCCCCAGCCCUGGCAUCCAGAGCGGCGGUCGAGUCUGGGCCAUGCAGCCCCCUCGGGGAGGUGGCACCAGGGGGCCUAGACGCCCGGCGCGCCGCCGCCUCCUCCCUACCGGCUAGACGACAAGGGCUCGGGGACUCUUCCUCCACCUCCGGACUGUCCGCGAUGCUGCCGGCCACCCUCCUCCUCCUCCUCCUCGGAGGCGCUCUGGCCCACCCAGACCGGAUCCUUUUCCCCAAUCCCGCCUGUGAGGAUCCCCCAGCCCUGCUCUUGGAAAUACAGGGCACCUUGCAGAGGCCCCUGAGUCGGGACAGCCGCGGCUCCCCUGUCAACUGCACCUGGCUCAUCCCCGGCAGCAAGGAGCAGACUGUGACAGUCAGGUUCCAGAAGUUGCACCUGGCCUGUGGCUCAGAGCGCUUAAUCCUGCACUCCCCUCUCCAGCCACUGAUCUCCCUGUGUGAGGCACCUGCCAGUCCUCUGCAGCUGCCAGGUGGCAACGUCACCAUCACCUACAGCUACGCUGGGGCCAGAGCACCGAUGGGCCCGGGCUUUCUGCUCUCCUACAGCCAAGAUUGGCUGAUGUGCCUGCAGGAGGAGUUCCAGUGCCUGAACCACCGCUGCGUGCCUGCUGCCCAGCGCUGCGAUGGGGUUGAUGCGUGUGGCGAUGGCUCUGAUGAGGCAGGUUGCAGCUCAGACCCCUUCCCUGGCCUGACCCCAGCCUCUGCCCCUACCCUGCCCUGUAAUCUCACCUUGGAGGACUUCUACGGGGUCUUCUCCUCCCCGGGGUACUCACACCUGGCCUCAGUCUCCCACCCCCAGUCCUGCCUCUGGCUGCUGGACCCCCAUGAUGGCCGGCGGCUUGCGGUGCGCUUCACGGCGCUGGACUUGGGCUAUGGAGAUGCGGUGCACGUGUAUGAUGGCGCCGGGCCCCCCGAGACCCCCCGGCUACUGCGCAGUCUCACCCACUUCAGCAAUGGCAAGGCUGUCACCGUGGAGACCCUGUCUGGCCAGGCUGUCGUGGUCUACCACACAGUUGCUUGGAGCAGCGGCCGGGGCUUCAACGCCACCUACCAUGUGCGAGGUUACUGCUUGCCUUGGGAUCGGCCCUGCGGCCUAGGCUCUGGCCUAGGGGCCGGGGAAGGCUUGGGUGAGCGCUGCUACAGCGAGGCGCAGCGCUGUGACGGCUCGUGGGACUGUGCUGAUGGCACAGAUGAGGAGAACUGCCCAGGCUGCCCGCCCGGACAUUACCCCUGUGGGGCUGCCGGCACCCCCAGCGCCACGGCCUGCUACCUGCCUGCUGACCGCUGUAACUACCAGACCUUCUGUGCUGACGGAGCAGACGAGAGGCGCUGCCGGCGCUGCCAGCCUGGCAACUUCCGGUGCCGGGACGAGAAGUGCGUGUAUGAGACGUGGGUGUGCGAUGGACAGCCGGACUGUGCUGACGGCAGCGAUGAGUGGGACUGCUCCUACGCCCUGCCCCGCAAGGUCAUUACGGCCGCCAUCAUCGGCAGCCUCGUGUGUGGGCUGCUGCUGGUCAUCGCCCUGGGCUGCACCUGCAAGCUCUAUGCCAUUCGCACCCAGGAGUACAGCAUCUUCGCCCCCCUCUCCCGGAUGGAGGCCGAGAUUGUGCAGCAGCAGGCGCCCCCUUCCUAUGGGCAGCUCAUUGCCCAGGGCGCCAUCCCACCUGUGGAAGACUUCCCUACAGAGAACCCCAAUGACAACUCGGUGCUGGGCAACCUGCGCUCCCUGCUGCAGAUCCUGCGCCAGGAUAUGACUCCAGGGGGUGCCUCGGGAGCCCGCCGCCGCCAGCGGGGCCGCUCGGUGCGGCGCCUGGUGCGCCGCCUCCGCCGCUGGGGCCUGCUUCCUCGAGCCAACCCCCCAGCUCGGGCCCCUGAGACCAGAUCCCAGGUGGCAUCUCCCGCUGCUCCCCCUGAGGCCUUGGAUGGCAGCGCGGGUCCAGCCCCAGAAGGCGGGGCGGUGGGUGGGCAGGAUGGGGAGCAGGCACCCCCACUGCCUGUCAAGGCUCCUCUCCCGGCUGCCAGCACAUCCCCAGCUCUCCCUCCUGCCCCCGAGGCCCCAGAGCCACUGCCCUCGGGGCCCCUGGAGCCAUCGCUGUUGUCUGGAGUGGUGCAGGCCCUGCGAGGCCGCUUCCUGCCCAGCCUGCGGCCUCCGGGACCAACCUGGCCCCCGCCUGGGCCCCAGGCAGCAGUCCUGGCACCGGAGGAUGAGGACGAUGUGCUGCUGGUGCCGCUGGCUGAGCCCGGCGUCUGGGUGGUCGAGGCGGAGGACGAGCCACUGCUUGCCUGAGGGGCCCUGGCUCAGCCCUUCUACAGCGGCUCCUCUGUCCGUGGGCGAGUGAGGACGGGGGCCUGCCAUCGGCCUCGUUCCCACUGUGACAUUAGGUGUCCCUCAGGCAGGGAGAGGGCUCAGAGCCCCCUCUGAACACGACCAGAGACCACAGCCCCUGCACCACCACCCCCUCCCCAUCCUCCACCAUUGAGCUGGCUGUUGUUUCAAAGUAAAAGUGCUUCAAGGACCACGAGCCUGGGCACUGCACCCUUGCCAACCCUUACCCAGAAGUGGCCUUAAGCACCAGAAUGCCAAUCGCCUGGAGACCCUCCAGCCCUCACCGGGACGAUUGGAGCAGGGCCUGAGGUUUUGCCAACUGCCAUCCUUACUCCAGGGCCUGGCUCACACAAAGAACACAAGAAAUGCUUUUGUCCCAUAGCUAGGUCAUUGCCCAAGGUGUCAAAGUCAAAAAUAAAGGAAUCAUAAAUUUUAA